AUGGCCGUUCUCGUACCACAAGAUUGGCACCCACCUCGCGAUACAAUGGAUCCACGCCCUCAAUCAAACGAACAACAGUCUAACAUACCAAUCCAACCUUAUCCAUACCCAGUUCAACAGCCUCAUGGCGCUUGGACUCCAAGUCCAAAUGCUCAACCCUUUUACCCUUCUUACUACCAACAACAGCAACAGCAACAACAACAGCAACAACCUCAUCUUCAACAACAAAACCCUUAUUUCGAUCCUCAAGCAAAUGCCCAACUCGCUCAGUGGGCAUAUCAGCAGAUGAUGUAUUCUCAACAACAACAAAUCCAUCCUCAUCAACGUCCUCAACCAACUGACUACUUUAACCCCUCCCAGUUAUUCCCCCCUUUUCCAAGUGGAACACCCCCUCCCCAUUCUCAUCAUCAGAAUUUCCCUCCUCCCCCUCAAUCUCAACGUUCUCUUUCAUCAGAUGCAGCUCAAUAUAAUGGCUUUCAUCCAUAUCGCCGUCCAAACAAUAAUACCCGUCCACAAGAUAUUCCGGAAUGGCGUCCACAACCUCCAUAUCCACGCGGUGAAGCCUCCGCUUCCACAACUUCUGUCAAUUCUUCUUCCUCUCACGGCGGAGCAUCACGCCAACGCACAACAAGUCAGGGUCAAGUCCCAUCUCGUCCAAGGAUCCCAACAACAACAACAGAAAAUCCACGCCCUCGUACAGGUAGCGGUUCAUCCACUAAAUCUCCCCAUCCACACCACCGAACAACCUCUUCCUCAUCUACAAAUUCUUCAGCUCUGCGUCCUUCCGUAACUACCGCAUCCUCCAGGAGUUCCACUUCCACGGCCACAACUCCCGCAACCGCUUCAUCUUCUUCCCAUGCUCGCCCCGCCCGGCCGUCCCCGCUCAGUCAAGGCACAUAUACGGCUGCGGAAAAGCGCAUGUCACGUGAUGACUCCGAUCUCGCCGCUAUCCUCGAAGGCACUUCCAUCGGUGGAAAAACAGGCGGCAUUAAGGGCAGACUCCGUCGUGCACUCAGUCUCAAUGCCGCUCAAGCAUUGCAAGAAGAGGAAGAACCUUCCUCUGCAGGUGGAAGCACAACCAAAGACCCUCCCGCAACCCUCCCAGAUGCUGACGCCGCCAGCACCGCCACAGUUCAGACCAAGAAAAAAGGUCGCGCUGCGUCCUUGUUCAACUCCCGCCUCAACGCGAGCACCGACAACAUAUCUCUUUCAUCCACAAUGUCCUCUGCUUCCGUCGUCAUCCGCAAGAUCGGCUCCAUCGGGAAACUCGCAAGGCGGAACAGCCUCGCAGGAAUAACUUCCCUCUUCAAAGACAAGAACAAGUCUUCUGAAGGUUCCGAGGACAACGGCAAGAAGAAAAAGAAAAAGGAAAAGGAUGCAAAAGGCGAUAUUGUCGCUCCUGCCCUUUCGCACGCUGUUGCCGAGCUUGAUCGUGGCGAAUGGAGCGGUCCGGAGAUGAGCGGGUUGAGUCCUGCUGCUACACUCGCUUGGGAGCAUACCCUCAAGAGUAAUGCCGAGGCUGCUGUUGCAAAGGUUCGUGUGGAACCGGUGCAGCCUCAGGCGAAUGGGACCCAUGUCCCUCCUGCGUGGGAGAAGAAUACCACUACAAGGGCUGGUGAGUCGAGUGCUAGGGUGAAUGAGGAUGGAACGAGGGUGUUGGUCGAAGAGGAUGACGAGAGUGAUGAUGGACACGCGUAUGUACCACAGCCUGGACAGAACUUCAUAUCGGACGGCUGGGACGACGAUGAAGUCUGGGAUGAGGACGGGGAAGAGGACGUUACUAUUCGUGUAGCGGGCGAAGACGAGGAAGUCGUCGCUUGGGCGACCAAUAUCAGGCGCAGCGUCGAACGUCACAGGACGCCUGCAAAGGGUAUCCUUAAAGGCGCUGAUAAUUACUCGCAAGAGGUGUAUAAUGGCGAGAGCAUGGCGAAUCCGGCUAUCCGCGUACGCUCGAAUUCAUAUAAUUCGCAUCCGGCGCAGUCAUCCGAGUUGAGUCCACUCGCCCGGAUACCCUCUCCCGAUCCAGACCAUAUCGAUGGGCUGCAUCGACACCCCUCACAUUCAGGUAACGCACCAGAGAAAGAAAAGAGCAUGUUCACCCUCUCCAACUCAUCCGCCCCAGCCCUAUCCACGAUCCCUAACACCCCACUGACGCUGACGCACCGCUCAGCGACGACGCCUGCCAAAAGGCUCGUGUUUGCAAAUAAUCUGUCAGUUUAUGAUACCUUUUCAUCGGCUGUUUAUGAUCGUCGCAGCGAGCCUGCGACGUGGAGUCGAUUGACGCCUGCAUUGGCGCAGCGCAUUAAAGAGGAGCUCAAUUCGUACAAGAUGGAGGAGAUGGAAGUGCAUGCUUGUAGUCGGAUGCAUACCCAAUUUUUCAUCUGA